UGUACGGCACUUAACAACUACACUUUUCAACAACCUCUGUCUAAAGGAUAUCCAUUUUCUCCUCCGUCAAAUCCUAAAAAAAAAAACAAAAAUGGCUCUGCAUUUGAGAUCUUCUCCUUCAUUGAAAUCGACUUUCCUCAACAUUCUCAGACAAAACCUGGGUUUCGGUUCUAGGAGCCACGUGACUCGGCAUAUCCGCCAAAACCUACCACAUGAUCCUCCGCUUCGAGGUUCACAGAAUCCAAUUCGUCGGUUCUGUAACACCAUGGCAGAGCCAGAGACACUCUCGAGUUUUGGUCAGCACGAAGACGCCAGAAAUCAUCAGGUCAUGGAUUUUCCAGGAGGAAAGGUAGCUUUCACACCUGAGAUUCGAUUCAUAUCAGAAUCCGAUUCAGAGCGUGUUCCUUGCUACCGUGUUCUUGAUGACAAUGGCCAACUUAUCACCAACAGCCAGUUUGUUCAGGUUAGCGAAGAAGUUGCCGUAAAGAUAUACAGUGAUAUGGUUACUCUUCAAAUAAUGGAUAACAUAUUCUACGAAGCUCAGAGACAAGGCAGACUUUCCUUUUACGCUACUGCAAUCGGUGAAGAGGCCAUUAAUAUUGCAUCAGCUGCUGCUCUCACCCCUCAAGAUGUUAUCUUUCCUCAGUACAGAGAGCCUGGUGUUCUGUUAUGGCGUGGUUUCACUCUUCAAGAAUUUGCAAACCAGUGUUUUGGGAACAAAUCUGAUUAUGGAAAAGGCAGGCAGAUGCCAGUCCACUAUGGCUCCAACAAGCUCAAUUAUUUUACCGUUUCUGCAACCAUUGCUACGCAGUUACCAAAUGCGGUUGGUGCUGCUUAUUCCUUAAAGAUGGACAGGAAGGAUGCAUGUGCAGUCACAUAUUUUGGCGAUGGUGGCACGAGUGAGGGAGAUUUCCAUGCUGCUUUGAAUUUUGCAGCAGUUAUGGAAGCUCCUGUUAUAUUUAUUUGCCGGAACAAUGGAUGGGCAAUCAGUACUCCCACCUCAGAUCAGUUCCGAAGUGAUGGUGUAGUGGUCAAAGGCCGGGCGUAUGGCAUUCGAAGUAUACGUGUGGAUGGAAAUGACGCACUUGCUAUGUACAGUGCGGUGCAUACUGCUCGCGGAAUGGCAAUUAGCGAACAGAGGCCAAUCUUGAUUGAGGCCUUAACAUACCGUGUAGGACACCAUUCAACAUCAGAUGAUUCCACUAGGUACCGCUCUGCAGAUGAGAUAGAGUGGUGGAACAAAGCAAGAAACCCACUGUCUAGGUUUAGGACAUGGAUUGAAAGUAAUGGCUGGUGGAGUGAUGAAGCGGAAUCGGAUCUGAGAAGCAGAAUCAAGAAAGAGAUGUUAGAAGCGCUCCGGGUUGCAGAGAAGACUGAGAAGCCGAAUCUGAAGAACAUGUUCUCAGAUGUCUACGAUGUUCCUCCAUCUAACCUCAUGGAACAAGAACUUCUGGUGAGGCAGACGAUCGAUAGUCAUCCCCAAGAUUACCCAACAGAUGUUCCUCUUUAGGUAGACUCUAAUUGUAUGCUUUGUGUAGUAAUUAAUGUAAGCCAUUAUCUACAUUAUGUAUUGAAAUCGAGACCACUAUUCAAAAGCAUACAAACUUCUUCAGUA